CUCCCCGUCCCACCUGAAAACAUUUAACCAAUUAGGCACAUUUUAAUGGUGACUGUCAGCAAAUAUCAGGUAGUUUUGACUUGGUCGAUUCAACAGGUGCGCUGCCUCACACACAAGCAGACACGCGGGCUCUGCGAGAGGAAGAAAACCUAACUUAUUUGGAUCUGGUAAUUUCUUUGUAAUGACACGAAAGCACUGACAUUAGCCAAGUUCCUGUUUGGAGACAGAGAAAAUAAAGGGGAAGUUGAAGAGGCAGGCCCACCUCGUUUUGAGACAGAGAGCAGUGAAAAACAAACGACAAAACUGAGGUUAGUGCAGGUGCACUUUAAAGGGGGGUGAGCAGAAAACCACAGCGGGAGGAGAACCGAAAAGUGAAGUCAUGGCGCAUCAUCAACAAAGCUGCUGCUUUCUCAUCAUUCUGUGCGCAAGAGGUAUUCUGGGUGGUGAUUGGUCAGUUCUUCUCCCCUCCAGUCCCAUUUGUGCUGUGGUUGGUUCUUCAGUGGUUCUCCCCUGUUCCUAUGACUACCCACUCGGCUCUGAUGAAGCCCAGACAGAUGGGCGGCUCUCCGCACAGACAGGAAGCAGUGAAAGAAACGUUAUGUCUGAGAUGUGGUGCCUGAGAGACAGUCGCUGCGUUACGGAACGCUAUGUGUUCCACAGUGCCGGCAUUUUCCAGGAGCCAUCUUAUCAGAACCGGGUGCAGUACCUGGGACAACUAGGCAGCAAGAACUGCUCUCUGAGGAUUUCUAAUCUCAAAGAGUCAGACAGUGGAACAUAUGUGUUUUACCUCAUCACCAACCAUAAGACGCAGAAGAUGCCUCCACAGACUGGCGUGCAGCUCUUAGUGUCAGGUUCUUCCACUGCAGUUGCGGUCUCUGCAGGUCCGUCCCAUGUCGUCCUGGAGGGGACAGCCUUGAACCUGGCCUGUUGCAGCCCAGCUGCCACUUCGCAAAGCCGCUUCACAUGGUUCAGUACCAAAGGUGACAGGUUGGAAGGUGUCGGACCAGUGUGGAGUACCCACAAAGUUACAUUGGGUCAAUCUGGCAGCUACUACUGCCAAAUGCAGACUGGAGACAAAACGCAACGCUCAAAUGUUCUGGAAAUCGAUGUGCAAUACCCGCCUAGAAAUGCAAUCAUCUCCACCUGGGGAGCAGAGAAGGAUCAUCCUGUGACUCUGACCUGCAGCAGUGAGGCCAACCCACUGGUCCGCACCUACGUCUGGUACCAGGGUGCAGCAUGUCUCCCAGCAGUAGACUUAAGCUUUCAUCGAGGAACAUCCACCCAGUCUACAUUAACAGGAAGAGUCUCAAAACUCACCAGUGCCAACAUCACCACAAAGGACAAUGGACAGCACUGCUGUGUGGCACGCAACAGACAUGGCUAUCAGAUAGCCAGCGUGACUCUGACCAGUUCCAGAGAGACACAUCUGUCCGACUCUUCAGCGAGUACAAUGGUGGUGAUUGGAGUAACUAUUGGCGUCCUUGUGGCUAUUGCUGCAGUAGCUGCCUGUUUGAUGACGAGAAAAAAGAAGUCCGCCAGACGACAGUCAUAUGUCCUGACUGGGACAACUGGGACAGAGUGAAAGAACCGCUUUGAUUAUGUGUGCCAACACACAUGUUGGGUAAUGCAGUAACACGAUGUUGAGGCCCAGUGGAUGCAUGAGAUGUCGGGUCAUCUUACCCUGUAAACCCCCCAUGUCCAUACGGUUACACAAUGCAACCUAUUUUGAGAUUUUUUUUAAACAAAAAGGACCAGAUUUUCCUAACCUUGGUCCCCAAAGUGCACUGCCCAGCUCGUUUUAGAAGUGUCUCAGCUUUUAAAACACCUGAUUCAGAUCAUUACCGUCCAACAACAGGCCUCUCAAUGAUAUCCCUCUACAGAGGGCUAAAAGUGCCACAAUUCCACCCAAAAAAUGAAGACGUAAAUGCAAUUGGGAGAUUUAAACAGAGCUUAAAAUAGAUAUUAUAUUGAACAAAUAUACAUAUUUUACCCAGUCCAAGUGUUAUCCCUUCUCAGUCUUUACAUGAAGUAGAUGAAGUAGGUCACUGUAAAUAAUUGUUAAAUUGUCCUUUUAAUUCUUAAAGUUUACUGACCUGGCAUUUAUCUGUAUAUUUUAAUGAAAUUAGAUUUCCACAUCUAAUCACUUAUUUUGAAAAUAAACAGUGCAGCAUAUUUAUUUACAUGGGUUGUUUUUUUACAUAUCUGUAUAUUUAGAUUUUUACAUGAAUAGAUAUUUCUUUUACAAUUUUUUCAUGUUUUGUAUUUAGGCUGUUUUGGCCCAUCAUAAAUAUCUACUUGAAGGUGCAAAUUGUCUGUGUUUGGAAUUACUGCUGGUUUAGCAUGUUGAUAUUUGAGUUCAACAUGCCAAAUAUGAACACGGCAUGUAUGCCCAAUCGUACUUGUAGAAAAUUAAUUUAAGUCUUGUUUCUAGUCUAGUAUCUCCAGUCGC